AUGGAUCCCAGAACAGUGCACAUAGUAGGCUACCUGGUUGGCCUUUUUUUCGCACUGGAACCUUCGUACAUCCAUCCAGAUGAGCAUUUCCAGAGUCUGGAGAUUCUGGCACAUCUUUUUUACGGCUCAGCAGCCACGGUGCCGUGGGAAUUUGCGGCCAGGAACGCAGCCCGAAGUUUCGGGCCGCUGUAUGUCGCGUACGGGCCGUUAUUCUACCUGUACAGACGACUGGGCAGCCCAGCACCGGGUCUAGCGUUGUUGUACCUUGUGCGAUUGCAGAACUACAUUGUUUACACGUGUGUUUACAUGCUGGCGUUGCAGUUUCUGCUGAGAUCGAAACUGGACCGAGCCAAGGCAACCUUCUACAUUUCAACCUCAUACGUCACCUGGACGUACCAGACCCACUCGUUCUCCAAUUCGCUCGAAACAUGCGCUCUGCUGAUCGUAUUAUCCCUCUUCCAGGUACUAAUCCUGGAUGCUCGAGCUCCUCGCCACAACCACUACCGGACAUCGGCAAUCUUGGGUUUCGUUAUUGCGUUUGGAUUUUUUAAUCGAAUUACGUUCCUCGGGUUCAUUGCGCUGCCAGCCAUCCCCACAUUGCGAAAAUUCUACCUCGGACAUCUGAAAUCACUCUUGAUCUGUGCAACGACUUUUUGCCUUUCAUGUUGCGCAUUCAUUUACGCCGAUACCGUGCUGUAUGAAACGCCGCAUUGGUGUAUUGCCCCGCUCAACAAUUUGGAAUACAACCUUCAGAGCUCCAAUUUGGCCUUACACGGAGUGCACCCGCGGUACACCCAUAUCCUCAUCAAUAUUCCUCAGAUGCUAGGGCCAUUAGUGACGUAUUUCAUUUCCAGAAAACAGAAAAUCAACCUGACGAUGCUGUCGUGCAUCUCAGGUCUGCUGUUUCUAUCGGCAUUCCAGCAUCAAGAACUCCGUUUUUUGAUCCCACUAAUGCCACUACUAUGCGCCUCCAUUAAUUUAUCCAAUCUCAGCUCAUCAGUGCGGAACAGGUAUAUUACCAGGACUUGGCUGGUAUUUAAUGUUGUAUUUGGCGUCAUCAUGGGUUCCUUGCACCAAAGGGGCGUUUUAACUGCUAUUGAGGAGAGCACUAAAAACAAUGCACCAAUCGACGUUCAUGUUUGGUGGAAAACAUACUCGCCUCCAACGUGGCUUUAUUCGAACCAUAACCUCGUUGUGUCCACUACAAACAUUCAUGAUGGAGAAGAAAAUUUAGACGACGUGAAUUUUCAAAUUAUAAGAAAUCAUGUUGUUGAUCUAAAAGGCUGCGACUAUGAGCUAUUUGAAGUCGCCAUGCACAAUUUCUUAGAGCUCAAUGCCAGUGUUCGCGUGUUUAUCCCCAAAUCCACCGAUACUCUAUUCACUAAUUUCAGAUCUAGGAAUCCAACUGUCAGAAUUGACAAAGUGUGGGAAACGCGCUUGAACCUGGAUUUAGACCACUUGGACUUUACGGACUUGUCUACCUUAAUUCCCGGAUUUUUAAUUUACGAGGUGGCUGCGACGUGA